AUGUCGAAAUUGUCGCCUGCUCUUAAGGCCCUUAUCAGCUCUCCAGCGGCACGGCCUUCCACCGUGCCCGCACCAGCGCACAUUACCUCAGUCUAUCAAGCUAUCCGACAGACUGCCAUCGCCAAGCGCCUUUCGGAGCACUCAUGGCUGGCAUUAUCGGCCGCUGCUACAAUGACCAUGAACUCCCCAGAAUCUCUCGCCGCCCUAUAUCGCCUUGCGGCGACGUCUUCUGGACCUGUGCAAACUGCCGAGUUGAUUCGCGAGGUCGGACUGAAGUGCAUCAGUUUCAACGGCAUACCACGCACAAUCAACUGCCUCAAUACAUUCAAGGCCGAGCUUCCGGAUUCUGUGAGCAGCAAGCUCUCAACCACCCCGACCCGCGCCCCAGUUCCAACCAACGUAACUAGUAUUACUUGUCGCGGAAUCUCAUUAUGGGACUCUAUUUACCACCCAUAUGAGCGAAAGCUGUACAAUAAACUGGCAGAUUCCCACCCAGAUCUCCCGGUUCACAUUUUGAACAGUCAUUAUGGUUCCUUGCUCUCUGAUCCUGUCCGGUCCACCGGUGCGCAGGUUGGUCGUAUUUUGACCUCGAUCGUUGCGGUUUCAUGCUUGCGUGCGCAAUCAGGAGUCGGACCUCAGGUAACCUCACAUGUGUUUGGCUUGCGCAAGGCUCUAGAAGAUGGGACUUGGAGCACUGAUAUUGAGACGGAGGAGGGAGCUCGAUGGUUAGCGAGUGAUGAGGGCAACACUUGGAUCUUGAAUAGUGUAGAUUCAAUUGUGGAGGCGAUUGGAAAUGGCCGUGGAUCAAACUUUGCACCUGGGAGACAAUGA